GCGGCGCCGCAGCCAUGGAGGGAGGCGGCGGCGGCGGCGGCGGCGGCUCGGGCGGCGACACUGGGAGACGGCGGUGAGCGGCUCCCACGCCCCCGGCCCGGCCCCGGCCCCCGGGACGGAGCGCCGAGCAGCCCCCCGGCUCCGGGCUGCGGACUAUGGGCGAGCAGCGCUGACCACCCGGGGAAGAGCUGAGAAUGAAGCGGAGAGCAUCAGACAGAGGAGCUGGGGAAACGUCUGCCAGGGCGAAGGCUCUCGGGAGCGGGAUUUCUGGAAGCAAUGCAAAGAGGGCCGGACCGUUCAUCCUUGGUCCCCGUCUGGGCAACUCACCAGUGCCGAGCAUUGUGCAGUGUUUGGCCAGGAAAGAUGGCACAGAUGACUUCUAUCAGCUGAAGAUCCUUACCCUUGAGGAGAGAGGCGAGCAAGGCAUAGAGAGCCAAGAGGAGAGGCAGGGCAAGAUGCUCCUGCACACCGAGUACUCUCUGCUCUCCCUGCUGCACACACAAGAUGGCGUGGUCCACCACCACGGGCUUUUCCAGGACCGCACUUGUGAAGUUGUUGAGGACACAGAAUCCAGUCGAAUGGUUAAAAAGAUGAAGAAACGCAUCUGCCUUGUCUUAGACUGCCUCUGUGCGCACGACUUCAGUGAUAAGACUGCCGACCUGAUCAACCUGCAGCACUAUGUCAUCAAGGAGAAGAGGCUCAGCGAGCGGGAGACCGUGGUCAUCUUCUAUGAUGUAGUCCGGGUGGUGGAGGCCCUGCACCAGAAAAACAUUGUGCACAGAGACCUGAAACUUGGGAACAUGGUGCUCAAUAAAAGGACCCAUCGGAUAACCAUCACCAACUUCUGCCUUGGAAAGCACCUUGUGAGCGAGGGGGACCUGCUAAAGGACCAGAGGGGGAGCCCAGCCUACAUUAGCCCCGAUGUGCUCAGUGGCCGGCCAUACAGGGGCAAGCCAAGUGACAUGUGGGCUCUGGGUGUGGUACUCUUCACCAUGCUCUAUGGCCAGUUCCCCUUCUACGACAGCAUCCCGCAGGAGCUCUUCCGUAAGAUCAAGGCUGCUGAGUACACCAUCCCUGAGGAUGGGCGGGUCUCUGAGAACACCGUGUGUCUCAUCCGGAAACUACUGGUUCUCGAUCCCCAGCAACGCCUGGCUGCUGCUGAUGUCCUGGAGGCCCUCAGUGCCAUCAUUGCCUCGUGGCAGUCCCUGUCGUCUCUAAGUGGGCCUUUGCAAGUGGUUCCUGACAUCGACGACCAAAUGAGCAAUGCAGACAGCUCCCAGGAGGCAAAAGUGACGGAAGAGUGCUCCCAGUACGAGUUUGAGAACUACAUGCGGCAGCAGCUGCUGCUGGCCGAGGAGAAGAGCUCCAUACACGAGGCCCGGAGCUGGGUGCCCAAGCGGCAGUUCGGCAGCGUGCCACCGGUGCGACGGCUGGGCCACGACGCGCAGCCCAUGACCUCCUUGGACACAGCCAUCCUGGCACAGCGCUACCUGCGGAAAUAGCGGCUGCAGCCAGAGCACCUGCCCCAGCCCCAGGCCCAGCGUUCAGGGCUCGGCCCCACGAGCGCUGGACUCUCCCACGCUGCCGUGGGGCAGGGCAGGGACAGCCUAGGUCACUCGAGUCAGCAGAGGUACCACAAAGCUAUCUUUUGGGAUGAUUGCUUGAUUGUUUGGUUUUUUAAUCUGAGAAGCGUAGAUAACUAAUCUGCUUUUAAUCAUGACAUUUUAAUCUACCUCUGUCUCUUUAACCAUGCUGUCUCUGGACUAAGUGACAGGAGGAGGAGGGAGCCCACCUACCCACCUAGGCCCUGGCUCCGGGGCACUGUCCCCCACAGUCCAAAUAAGCUCAAGGAGCAGCUCGCUGCUGGCUUCCCAGUGAACGCCCUCCAGGCCUCCCUCCCAUGGUCCGUGCUUCUGACGCCACCCUUGGCCCAAGCUCUGGAACACCUUCACCUCAUCUUAUGCCGAAUCCAAAUAUAUUUAUUUUUUUACUGAAAUCAACUUCUCUCCCAUCUCUAGGUGGCUCAGGCUGGGGCUAACUCCCCUCCCCCCCAUUCCCAGCCUGACUGGAUAGCAGGGGUCCAUGUGGGCUCCCUCCUCACCCCCAGGCACAGAGGAGCCCCUUUGCUGGCCCAGCCUGCCCGGCCCUCUGUUUCCGGUGAUGGGAGACCUUUCUAGACUUCCUCCUUUCUCUGUCUCAGUAGCUUCUCCGAGGUGCUGCCUAUGGAAGCCCUGCUUCCCUCUCCAGCCUUCCCGUGGCACCCAGGUGCAUGUGGUCCCCACAUAGUAGACACGCUGGGAAGGGAGCGGUGGUGGGCUGGGCGGCAGUGCUCUGGGGCUGGCUGCUCUCCUGCUUCCCCACCCUGUGUUCAGAGGACCCGCCAUGGGCAUGUCCCCUGCCGCCCCCACCCCAGCACACAUGUGGUGUCUCCUCUAGCAGACCCUUGCCAGGGGUCUCCAUGGGGGUCAGAGACUUGGGGGGACAACUGUAACAAUUGGGGGCCUGCCCUGCCUGGAUCGAGAACAGCCCUGCUGCCCUUUUGAGCCGAGAUUUUGAAGUGGAUGCCCGUCUUGCCAGAACUGCUGUUCUCACCAGAAUGACCACCUCUUCCCACCCCUCACUGGACUCCGCCCAGCCCAGUGCCAAGCAAAGACCCACGUCCAGAGGCCCCUCCUCCUCCUCAUGUACCCUCAAAGAGGCCAGUGUCCCCUCCAGGUAGCCCAAGGCCCUUCCUGCCCAUUCUUGCUUCCCGGCAAGGAGGUGACUGUUUCUAGAGUGUGAGCUGUCUCCUUUCAUUCUCCCCCCUCCCCAAAAGCUGACUCACUGUGAGUGACCUUGGGCAAGUUCCCAAACUUCCUUGUGCCUCAGUUUCCCCAUCUGGAAAAAAUGGGGCCACCUCUUGCCAGCAGUAGCAGGGCUGCCCACGCCCCUCCGUCCCCUUGUCCCCAAUCCGGCACUUGGGCGCCUUGUGCCUCUGCCUCAGUGGGUCUGUGGGAGCCCUCCUGAGCCCAGCACUUCCUCCCUAAGCACCGGCUCUGCCUCUAGCCCAGCUGUCCAGCCUCUUGAGAGCCAGGGGCGGGGAGGCCUCUCUUCUGUAUUUAUUUGAUGAAAGUCUCCUAAGGGAGCAGAAGUGCAGUCAGCAUGGGCUCCUGGCCCUGAGACUGCCCUCUGGUGAGGCUAUGAGGCCUAGCCAGGGCCACCUGGACAGAGCCCUGGCCCACAGCCUGCUGGGCUCCUUGGGCCUGCGUUCCACUUGUGGUCUUUCUCCUCCUUUUCAAAGCAAUACCCUCAGGUCUGCAGAGCCUGUCAGCAGCCCGGCUCCUCCCAAGCCAGCGCUGGCUCUGGCGGCCUUCGGCGAAGCCAAGGAGAGGAGGUCAGGUCUGCCCUCACUGGUGUCACACACUGAGAGAAGUCCUGUUGUAAAGAAACAAAACAAAACGGAAAAAGUCACAAAAAGUUUGUAUAAAGACGUAUUUUUGUACUACAUGAGGACUCUUCCUGCAUGUCAGCAAUAAAACUUCCUGAUCUGGAGCCACAA